AUGGCGCCCUCAAGGCCAUUAGGAGUUAUAUCUCCCGAAAAUCAAUCCGGCUUGAUCCUCAUUCUGACCUCAUUGUCCCUUUGCUUCGUUCUCGUCGCCUUUGCCAUCCGCGUCUAUAUUCGGGUUCCCCAGAGAUUGUGGAAGUGGGACGACCACGUUUUGGCGGUAGCCACAACUUCGCUCGUCUUCUAUGCUGUGCACCUGGGCCUGGGACAUCGGAAAGUAUUCGAGGGCAAUGCUCCCAACAGUGAUUUGGUUAAGAAGUACUAUUAUGCAGACGACUUCUUCUACCUCAUCGUUCUGCUUUUCUCGAAAAUGUCCGUGUGCUGUCUCUUCCUACGGUUGACGCGCCGCCGGGGGCAUAUGGUUGCGAUCUACACCACCAUCGGGCUCUGCGGUGGUUGGUUCAUUUUGUCGAUCCUUUUGAUCAGCAUUGGCUCCUCGUGGCAGCAGGUCUUUUUCAUACCGUUUGGAAGAUGGCUUGCCGUCGGUAUCACGGACUCCAUCACGGAGCUGGUCUUUGUCCUGUUUGCAACUUACCUAGUCAGCGAUCUGCGGAUGACCAAGGUCCAGAAAGCUACCGUGGUGUUUGCAUUUGCUCUUCGGUUGCUAGCGAUCCCCGCCUGCGGAAUACGUCUUUAUUACCUCAAUCCGUCCACCUUGCCGGAUAACCGCAACCUCUCCCUCUCCCUGACCAUCGUCUGCACCCAGGUCCAGCUUGGCUACGGGAUAAUGGCGGCGUCGGUCACAGUUCUCAGGCCCUUUAUGGCAGUCUACGAAAAGCCGGUGGGCUACUCGGACUAUAGCAAUAAUCCGGGGAAGACCUAUGCGACCAACAACAGCGAGCACCUGUCCUUCAAGAUGCAGCCUGUGUCACGGUCUGGCGAGGCCAUGCCGGACGGACUCGGUCUGCAUGCCGCCCAUCUCGACCCCAACCAACCGACGUUCUCGUCGCGGACACCUCCGGUGCAAAAGGAGAAGAGAGGAGGCGGUGGCGGACACGAGAAGAGUGACAGUAUACACAGCCAUGACAGUCGACGGCUCAUCAUCGAGCGCAAGACGGACUGGUCUGUGCGAUAUGAAGAGGCGGAGAGCCAGAAGAGCAACUUCAGCGAAGGAGCUGCGUCAAUGUCUGACCAUUGA